GUACAAGGCUCUUACGUUGCAAGUCUGCGUUAAGAAUAUUUAUUUGGCAAUGGUUCACUUCUGCUGUGUUCCUGAAUGUCACCAGGAGGGAUACCGAUGCAAAAGCGGCGAAAAGGUCUCAUUUCACAAGUUCCCACGGGACAAGGUCAUGUUCAAAAAGUGGAUAAUCGCCAUAAGAAGGGAUCCAGGGCCAAACUUCGUGGUCGGCCAGUUUACGAGGGUCUGCUCCAAACAUUUCAAGCCGGAUGACUAUAUCCCAAACGUGGCCAGUGGGCGACGCUUUCUGAAAGACAAUGCUGUGCCGACGCAGUUUGUGUUUGCCAAGCCUGUGAAACAGCGUCGACCACCUAAGGAGCGAGCACUGCGCUGCAGCAAGAGUCUCACAAGCCAUCUUUUACAAGCAGCAAGCCCCGACACUGAUCUGAGUCAGCGUGAAAGUAAGAGUGACCGAGAUAUGACCUGGGAACCUUCACAGCAAUCCGAAGGUGCAGGCCAACGAGCCAAGGGUCAUGCGACGCAAAACACUGCUGCAGAUGUGGUUUGUCAGUCGUGCACUGCCACUUUUCAAAAAAUUCAACUGGAGCUAAAAGCAAGGUGCGAAGAAGUUGCACAGCUGUCUGCUCAUGUUCAGAGCCUUAAAAGGGCUUUAGGUGAAGCAAGGAAGCUCAGAGAGGACAUCGUCGCAGUAAACGACAACAACAUUGAGCUGAUUGCAGAGAACAAAAAGCUAACUGAGCAGCUUGAACAUGUCAAAAAGCAGCUGCAAGAAAUGCAACGAGCAGCUGAAGACAAAGAAAGUCGAGCAAAAAAAGAAAGAAAGCCAUUUUCACUUGCGAGGUUCCGUGAUGACGACAACAGCAUGCAGUUUUACACUGCAUUAUCUAGCUACAAGCACUUUCAAUGCUUCCUUUUAUACCUGAAGCCGGGUGAAAAUGCCUGUAAUGUAUACUUGGAAAAUGAAAGCACACCUGGGGACGUUAAGGGACGCCCACGGAAGCUUGAACCUGCGGAAGAACUUUUUCUCACACUGAUGAAAUUGAAAACUGGAUUUUUCCACCUGCAUCUCGGCCAUAUUUUCGGUGUUUCUGCAAGUACAGUGUCAAGAGUGUUUUCUGGUUGGAUCAAUUUUAUGUACAUCCAGCUGGGAAAACUUACUCUGUGGGUGCCACGCAGUAAGAUUGACAGGCACAUGCCUCCUGCAUUUCGGGAGCUGUACCCAAGCACAAGGGUGAUCAUCGAUGCCACAGAGGUAAAGUGUGAAGUACCUAGCUCCCUCGUUUUGCAGUCAGGUACGUACUCAACUUACAAGUCGGCGAACACGUUUAAGGCUCUCAUUGGCGUGGCACCAAAUGGUCUUCUUACGUUCGCAUCAGAACUUUUCAUGGGGUCGCUCUCUGACCGCGAAAUAGUGAUCAGAAGUGGUUUUCUGGACUUAAACUUUGCCCCCGGCGACACUGUCAUGGCCGACAAGGGCUUUAAGAUCAAGGAGCUACUUCAAGAAAAAGGGGUCGGCCUGAAUCUGCCACCUUUCUUGACACAAAAACAAUUUGAGGAGGAUGACGUGCAGCGGACACAAGAAAUCGCUUCACUCCGAAUUCACGUCGAAAGGAGAAUACAACGAAUCAAGUGCUACCACAUCUUUGAUAAGGCAGUACCACUUUCCCUGGGUCCGCUGAUUAAUCAGGUAUGGUCAGUGUGUGCCGUGCUGAGCAAUAUGCAAAGCCCUUUGAUCACCGAAAGCGAGUGACUGGUGGGAAAAACUGCUUUAUUGCUGCUAACUCUUACAAAUGGAUUUGUUUAUUACAAAAGCUCACUUGCCUUUAUUGCAUAAAUGUUUAGCUCUUCAUGCAAUAUUCAUGUUUUCACCUGCUGUACGAAGAAUGGGAGCAGAGUGUCAAAAUAAAAAUUGUCUAGCACAUGAACCAUGUCGUUCCACUCUUUUUCGGCGAAACGCACGCGCUGCACUAUAAUAAAGUGCGGUCCGAAGACAACGAAGUCUGCCCACUGUGUGCGAGU